AAUAUAAAAAGUUUACCUAGUAUGUAAACUUCUCAGCUUAGUUUUGAAAGUUUAGACGUGAGGCGUAAAAGCCGUAGGGACGGCUCGAGUAUGGACAGCUCAACUGCGCCGCCCCCCGCGCCGCCGGCCGACCCGCGCAAGGUCGAGGCCGUCGCGAUCCCCGUCGACGGCCUGAUCGAGGCCCCGCAGCUCCCGCCCAAGGCGCGGGCCGGGGCGGCCUGCAAGCUGGGCAUCGACGAGGCGGGCCGCGGCCCCGUGCUCGGCGCCAUGACCUUCGGCUGCUGCUACUGGGCCGUCGAGGAGGACGCGGACGUCGAGCGGGACCAGGAGGAGAUCAACGACUCCAAGCAGCUCACGGAGGACCAGCGCGCGAAGCUGUUCGAGCGGGUCCUGGACGACGACCGGUUGGGCUGGGCCGUCGAGGUCGUGAGCGCCGCGCGCUUAUCGCGCGAAAUGCUGAGGAAGAAGGCGCCCGUCUCGCUCAACGCGAUCUCCUUCGACGCCACCUGCCGCCUCAUCCAGCGCGCGCUCGAUCGAAACGUGGACGUCGUGGAGGCCUACGUGGACACGGUGGGCGACCCGGACGUGUAUCGGGACCGCUUGACGCGCCACUUCGAGGGACGCAUCAGCUUUACCGUGGCCAAGAAGGCCGACGCGCUCUACAAGUGCACCGGCGCGGCCUCGAUCUGCGCCAAGGUGAUCCGGGACGAGUCGUUGAGGCGGUGGGUGUUCGAGGAGCGCGGCCUGGACGACCGGGACUUCGGCUCGGGGUACCCCUCGGACCCGGCGUGCGUCGCGUGGCUCAGGCGCAACGCGCACGCCGUCUUCGGGUUUCCGGCGCUGGCCCGCUUCUCGUGGCAGCCGGCGAAGCAGCGCCUCAAGGACGUCGACGCCGUCGACGACGACACGCGCGCGCACUUCGCGUUCGUCGCCGAGGUCGAGUUCGACGAGGUCGGCGGGCCGGCGCGGCCACGAUGCACUUCAGCGUGGCGCGGCGCCGGCGCCGGCGCGAUGGUGUCGGUCCGCACAGGAGCAAGAGGACAGCGCCGUGGCGAACACGAUGAAGAUCACGGAGUGGGCCACGGCCUCGAAGAAGAAGGCACGCGGGCCCGCGCCGAAGAAGCGGAGGCGCGCCCACUUCUACCGGCGGCUCGAAACGCUGUCGUCGCUCGCCGAGUUGUGAGGGUAACACUCGCACCGCUAACUCGCACCGUAGUGAGUGAGCCUGAGCCUCGCGCGACUUCUCGCGCGGGACGCCGCGGACGAAAUGCGGACGACGGGCGUCGUCGUCCCGGUGACCGCCGUGUCUGAGCGACGACGCAGUCCGCAAGUUCCCCCGGUCGAGCCUGAGGGGUUGAGUCGCGACUAAGAUAAUUUUUAUCUGUUCCCAGC